AAUAAUGGGGAAUCUGGCCUGAAGACAAGCUGCAUGCUGGCUUUACACCUUUCCAUCACAUGGGCACACAAUGAACUAGAGGGAUAUCAAUUGUCUUGAUUUGUCUGAUAUUCAGGGAAUGAAAUGCGUGAUAUUAAUAUCAUAUUGACUGGAAUAUCACCAUGCAUUGUGAUUCUGUUCUAGAGGUGCUGUACACUUGAGCUCUCCCAGCUGAUAAUUGCUCUGACGCAGUUUACAGUACUAUUGACAAUCCCAAGGAUGAUGUAGUGAGGAAUUCCUGGUAUAAGUUGUGGCCAGCAUAUCAUUGGUAAUCACACCAACAGCAGUGUUUUAGACUACUCACAAUGCAGGACAUGGAAAUUUCAACCUAUAUUGGAUAAAUGGUGUGGUAGAAAUUGAGUGAACGUGUUGGCGCGGCUGGAACACCAGAAAAGGGUUGGCGGUGAGCUUGAGUAUAACCUUGCGUUUGGGAAGGUAGACGUCCAGUUACCCAGCCUGAGGAGGGAUACACGCCCAGAGCCACCUGAUCGUCACAGUGGCUGGAGAGUAGACAUUGUACUUAUAGACGCUGUGGUGGUAUAGCUGCCAUAUGACAGCAAAUCUGACAUUGGUCAUUAAGAAGAGGUUGAGAAGAAUUGAAAGGUGAUAAAAGAAAAAAACACAACUUUGACAAAAGUUUUCAUGUAUUUCAUCACGCAAAAUGGUGAAAACAUUUCAAGCUUACCUGCCGAACAAAUGCCACCGUACCUAUAGCUGUGUGCACUGUCGAGCGCAUCUGGCCAACCACGACGAGCUGAUCUCAAAGUCAUUCCAGGGAAGCCAGGGAAGAGCAUACCUGUUCAACUCUGUGGUAAAUGUGGGAUGUGGGCCAGCGGAGGAGAGAGUGCUACUCACCGGCCUUCAUGCUGUCGCCGACAUAUUUUGCGAAUGCUGCAAAACCACCUUAGGGUGGAAAUAUGAACAUGCAUUUGAAUCUAGUCAGAAGUACAAGGAGGGAAAGUUUAUCAUAGAGCUGGCACAUAUGAUCAAGGACAAUGGAUGGGACUGAUAGAAAUGGGGGAGGGUAUACCUCCCUUCUCUCUUGUGAUGGGGGGAUUGGACCUGUGAGUAAGGAAUUCCCCCCUGAUCAUGGACUGGCCUCAUUAUUCUACAACUUGUGCUAAUAGGACCAACACAUAGGAUCACACAGAACUGGAGUCCUCUGUGAAAGUCAAUUUAUAUAUAAAGUUUUGUAGAGCUGUGAAAGACUUGGAUGACAUGUGGAGGAUAUUUUAAAAGGAUGACCCUUGUAAUAAGGUCUUUAGUGACCUUUGAGUAAGGUCAGUUAGAAAUGAGGACCUUAGACACAGAUUCAUGCUUCGUUGGUCUUGACCUGAUGACGCUUAUAGCACUGGCCACGUUUGAUUUUUUUCAAGAUUUGUGGCAUCAUGGCUAAUCAUGAUGUGUUCAAGGCAAGAUAUAUUCCAGCAUAAGGAAGCAAGGACUGAAUUGACCUUGACUGGUGACCUUGUGAAACCCUGAUGUCACAACCUCUACCUUUACUGUGGACCAUGUCACAUUGGUGUGACCUUGUUACCAAUUGUGUAGGCUUGUUUUGUAUAUUGUUGUAAGAUGCCCCACACAUUGUCAGUGUGGCUAUAUAUGUGUCUAACUUCCUAUAACAAUAUGUAAGCUAGUUUUGUAUCUAUAAGUAAACGUGUGCAAAGGUACCUAACUUUAUUAAGUCAUCAAUGAUGUUUCCUGGCCAAGUGUGAGUGUGUCAAAUCAAAUCAGCUCCAUAUAUUGUGUUUUGUUGACACCGUUCCAGUGCAGACUGAUAUUUUAUUUUAAUUUGUCGAUUAUAAAGUGCAGACUUCUUUAGAUUCCACGAAUUUUGUGAUCAAGAAAACAUAGAGUCUGGUAGUUAUAGUAAGGUGUAUAUGUGAAUGGUUUAUCUUAACAUGAAACCGCUAGAUUCUGGCCACCAGUAUAAAACUACUAUUGUAUUGUUUUUAUAACCAAUGUUGCCUGUCUCAUUUCGCAUCAGUGAUUGAGAAACAUGGAUAGAGAUCUUUGCUUGUCAUAAUGAUAAAUCAGUUCUGUUAGAACAACUUAUCAAAAUAUCUGUAAAACUUAAUUCAAACACUGUUGAUUUAUUCAAAACAUCCAAACAUGAAGGUAUCAUAAUGGAUUGGAAACAUCUUAUAUUUUACUUACAUCUGUUGUCAUGCCAUCAACUGUCUUAGGUACAAGUGUUGUCAUGGUAACAGCUUUUAUAUCACAUCUCAUAAUAAAUGUGCGUUAGAGUUAAGCACAUGAUUGAUCACAUGACAGUUAACAAUCAUAUACUGGUAGGCUAAACAGGAUUUUACAAAAUCUCACAGAACAACAGAAAUUAAUAGAUCAUCAAUGAUUUAUUUAAUUUUUGAUUCCAAACACUUUUCUCCUGUGAGAAAGCCCACUGUCUGUUUCAUAACUUCAUUAUAUAUUGAUAUUAGAUUACUGUUUGUGUUUGGUUAGCUAGGUAGACAGUGUCCUUAUUUCACCAACAUUACUUCAUUUACAUUGUAACUAUUUUUUCUUGACUUAAUUAAGCAAUGCUGUGUCUAUCAGAAGAUUUAAGUUUUAAGGAAAAAUCCUUGUUUAGAUGUUUCAUGAAUUCUUGAUCCUGACUUUCUGUAGAAGUGUUGGCCUAAGUGUGUGCGAUUUAAUGCUGUCGUACCUCUUGUUCUUUGGAGCAGUGAGAAUCUGUGAUAACUUUAUGUAUAUGAUGUGAGUGAGGAUUUGGGAUUAACAUAACAGUUGGUAGGUACCGAUCUCGUACUCAUGAAAUUCUCAGGUAAAAUACAUCUUUUUGCUAUAAAGGAGGCAAAAUAUUAUUAUUUCAGUAUGUAAAACAAAUGUUAUUUAGUCAUUAUAAGAGAGUUUGUGGGAAAGGGGGCAUAACUCUCAAAACUGCCAUGAAAUGUUAGUGCUAAAUUUAAACUAUUGCACUGCUAGAGUAUAAUGUGUUGGUACAGUCGUACGUGUACUUUAAAACAUAGUGCUAUAUUGAAGCAAAAUCCUUGAUCACUUACGUUGUAAAGUUUAUUUUUUUAAAUUCUAUGUUAUUUGGUGAUUCAUUCUGGCAUUUCUAAUUUUUGGAUUUCAAGUACAGUACACUUUGUCUAAAAGUAAAACUGACUCUGUUCAAUCAAGAUUUUUGUCUAAACUGGCUAAUGAAUUUGGUUCCAACAAUGAAAAUGCAAGUACAAAUUAGUAAAAUGUUGUGGUAUCAGUUUGUUUAGCUUACAGAGUGAACACUGUACAUAAAAAAUUAUAAUAAGUCUUAAUUAUAAGUAGUUUAUAGGACUUUCUACUAGAGAUUGUAUCCAAAAUUUAUUUUACUGACAUGACACAAUGACUAAGUCAGAACAUCUGUGAUUAAACAAACAGGUCACUUUUGAGAAGUGAUACUAAAAGCCAUAUCAUGUUGUUAUAUAUAUGUUAAGUGUGUUUUAAUGUGUUCGAAUGCAUAAAUCAUGUAAGAUUGAAAAAAAAAAAACCCACAUUUAAAAGAAAUGUGUUUAUCACAAAACUCUUUGUAAAAGUUAUAAUCCUUUAUGCAUUUGAAAUUUUAACAAUUUCUCAUCUUUUCAUUAAUGGUUUCAUUAAAAAUAAAAACCCAUUAUUACAUUCAUUAUAAGACUAAUUCACUUGCUGACAUCAAUUGUAUGGUAUGUCCUUAGAGUAUAAUCUUGAUAAAGUUUUUAAGAAUAUUUCAAUGUAAUGAGAACUUCAUAUAAGUUAGGUCUGUAAACAUUUGUUAUAAGUUAGGUCUGUACAAAGUUAGGUCUGUAAACAUUUGUUAUAAGUUAGGUCUGUAAACAUUUGUUAUAAGUUAGGUCUGUAAACAUUUGUAAACCCUGAUUUCUUCUGUGUGCUUGUAGCGUUAUGACAGUUGUGUUCACCCGUAAUAGUGUAGACAAUGGCUGCUGGAAAAAUUAACUUUUUUAUUUCACAAGAAUGAAACAAAUUAUUUCAACUUAUAUUUUAUAUUUAACUCUUUUUGGCCCGAAUAUUAGCGCGCUAGGGGUCUUUAUGUGGGAGGAACUGGAGUACCCAGAGUAAAUACCUUUUCAUGUCCGAUCGGGGAAUCAAACCCUGGCGGCCUUGGUGAAAGGCGAGUGUGUUUUCCACUGUGCACCUGACCACCCUCAGACAUUGGCUGCUUGAAACACAUAAUAGUGAUCUACAUGAUGAAGAUAUGCUAAAAAAAGACAAAGUCAAGAAAAUGAUUUGUCCAGAGAAAAUAAAAAAGAACAGUGUAAGAACCAAUAUUAUUUCAAACAUCAUUUGUAAUAAAUAUACUGUAAUGCAUGUCCAAAUUUGGUUCAAGUUAAAUCGCUUGACUUGCUAUUUGUUAUAUUUCAAUAAUGUCAACAUUAGAUUAUCAAUUUUUGAAACAUUAUUUGAAAAAUUGCCAUAUGAAGUAUUAUAUUUUGAAAUGGAAGAUAUAGUUCGAGAUUCACUUUGAUGGUAUAGAUAGAUAUUGUGUUUUUUGUGAAGUUCCAUUGAUACUUGAUAAUUUGUUUGAUAGUUCAUUAUGUUCUGUUACCAUUUCUAGGUUUUGAGGAUUAAAAAACGAAAGUUACAAAUAUUAUAUUUUAAUUCCAUUAAUUUCAAAAACUGAAAUACCUUCACAUGCUAUUUAAUAAUCUGUGACAUUUAAAACGAAAAUGACAUAUAAUGCAAAAACAACAUACUGCUUAUAGAAAACCAUCCCCAAUUUUAAAACAAAUUCUGAUGACAACACAGCCAGUGUUUUUAAAGAUAGGUUAAUCUGUUUGAAUAAAAAUUACUUUAGGACCAUUUUUUUCAUAUUCUAUACAUGUAUAAAUGUAAGAUUGUAUUUGGUCUGGCAAUUCUGAGAAGCUUUUAAUUCUUUAGUCCUCAAAGUAAUAACUACUUAUGGUUAUUUUUCAAACAUCAUCGUAUGUUAUGCUUGGAUGCAAGUACUUCAUUCUUUAAAUAUGCUAUAAUGAUAAAUUAUUUAAUGAGAAAGGAAUACAAAUGUUUGCCAUUCCAUUUAUCAAAAGAGCAGAUGUUUUUUGUUUGAUUGGAGGUUUCUGUUUUUCCAAUUUUUGUGUUUUGAAAAAAAAAAUAUUGAAAAAAGUAGGAUGAUAAACCUAGAACAGUUUACAAUGAUUUUCAAAGUUAAUCUUUAUUGAUUUAUUGGUGUCUUUUAUUAGAUGUAUACAUGUUUAUUAGUGUGAUGUAGUGCAUUUCCGUGCGUAAAUGUGAUGUAUUUUAAUGGUCAUAAAUGAUAUAGUGUUUUAUAGUGAUAUUCAUAUGAUGUUUCAUAUUUUUCGGUGGUUAAAAGUGAUAUUAAUGUUCAGUGUGUUUUUAGUGAUUAAAAGUGAUAGUUGUAUGAUGUGGUAUGGCUGUGUUAGCCAGUUAUGUUGAAUGAUUUAAUUAAUAUCUUGCAGUCCGUAUAUAUCCAUUUCCAUUAUUUUUUCUAAAGUGCAAUAAAUAUUCUCCCAUACUUGCUAAGACAUUUGGGGCUCAAACAUUUCUUUUAUCAAUCAACAUGUUCAUUUCUUGUAUAUAGAUUUUCAUUAAAAGAUUUUUCACCAUUUAGAUUGUAUGAAUACUUUCAGGAGGGAUUGAGAAUAAUAUAAGAUUAAGAAUGAAAAUAUGACCAGGUAAUUCUGAAGACAAUUUGUGAUAAAAGUAAUUUAUUUUUCCAGAAAAAAUUUGUUUCAACCUUUUUCUCAAUGUGUAAAUUUUCUAUUGUUUGUAGUUUUAUGUCUUCAACAGAAAUUUGUGUAAAUAUCGCUUAAUGCUACUGAUAUGUGUGUAAUUGUUGCUUUCAAUGUUAUUUUGUUUUGGUCGCAUACAUGUUUUACUUGAAGUAUAUUUGAUUGAAUCCAAUCUUACAUGUAAUUGGUUCCACCAGUAGUUAAACCUACCAUUGUCUCAAGACUAAAGCAUUACAAAAAUGCUUAAUAAGAUAGAUGUAUUAGAGGUCAAUAUCACAACUUCACUUAAUUGGUAAAAAAGGCCCCUAGCAUUCAAAGUCUGAUCAACACUUAAAACAACAGAGUUUUUAUACAAAGUUAUUUUAAUUUUUUUUAAUUCUCCAUGUUUUAUAAUUUCAAAAUAAAAAAUAAAAUAAAAAAUAAUUCAAAAAAAUAUUUAACAUCAUUUUCGUUUUGAAACCUCAUCAAAUUUUAUUUUGAACAAUGCAGGGCCAAUAUUUAAGUUUGCUGAGCCUAAUCACUGCUGCACAUUGUAAUUGAAUAAUAGUUUAUAUCUCAUUGUAAACAAUAGUAAUCUGUUUGUUUUGCACAUUUACAAUGCAAGGUCUCCACACUGUUACAUGAACAUCUGGCUCUGUUAAAGUUCUCUCCCUUCCACUGAAAAACAGCUAUAGUUGUCUCCCUAUUCCAAUAAAUGUCGCCUAAGUAUCAUAUUAUUUUUAAAAUUGAUAUUUUCAACUUGAGAAAAGAUAAAAACCUUUAUUUUAAAUUUAUUUGAUUAAAUAUCCAAAAAUGGUGCAUUUUAAUUCACUAAUUUGGAAGAAAUAACAUUUUUUUGAGCUUGAACACAAUUGUAGUGGAAUUUCAAUUGACACAGGAGCAGUUUGUUUAUCGGUGUGCCCAUGGAUGUUUGUUUGAUGUA